AUGACAUCGAUUAUUUCGUUGCUGCAGGAGAUAGUACCAAAGCUGGAUAGGGGCGAGAGGAAGGGGGGAGAGGAUGCGAGGGGUGGAAGGGAGGGAGGAGAGGAGGAGGGGGCCGGAAGCAAGGUGGGAGAGGAGGGGGGCGGAAGCAAGGGGGGAGGUGAGGAGGGGGAUGCGCAAGAGGCGGGUAGCAAGGGGAAAGGAUUGUUGGAGCAAGAGGAGGAGGGAGAGGAGGAGGGAGAGGAGGAGGGAGAGAAGAAGCAGAAAGCAGAUGAACCACCAUGUGAACCCGUAGGGAAACCCUUGGAGGGACCUUUGGGUUUGGGCGCAGGUGGGGGGUUGGGGCAGAGGCGUAGGGUGGUAGCAGCAAGUGCGUCAGGUGCUCUGAAGGGGGAUUUGGCAGGAGGGAGAGGUGGGGACGGGUCAGGUUUGGCAGCUGGUCCUGAGGAGGGAUCCUGUGGUGGUGCUAAGGGUGAGACUCAAGGGGAGGGGAGUAGAGGCGAAGGGGAGUUGGGGGUGCCUGGGGUUGAGGGUUCUGCUGGGAUUGGUCUGGCUUUGCUGCUGGAGGGGCGUGGAGGAGGGAAGGAGGGAGAGGAGAGUGGGGGAGGAGGGGAAGGGGAAGGACGGGAGGAAGUGGAGGAGAGAGGAGGGAUUGAGGGGAGGCGGGAAGGAGAGGAGGAACGGUUGGAAGAGGUGGGGGAGAGGGCAAGGGACGAAAAGAUGCAUGGAGUGUUUGGGGUGCAGCCUUUUGAGGCUUUUCGCUCAAUCGUUGUUGCUUGUCUUCUUAACCUCUUGCCUCCUCCUCCCUUCUCCCUCCCACCUCCUCCCUCCCACCUUCUCCCUCCCACCUCCUCCGUUCCGCCUUCUCCCAUUCACCCCGUGCAGCCGGGCAAUCGCAAGUGGGCAAAGGCAGUGCACAAGGACUGGGAGAUUCUCCAGACCAACCUGCCAGACUCCAUCUCUGUGCGUGUGUACGAGGACCGAAUGGAUCUGCUGCGAGUGGCCAUUGCGGGCCCGCCAGACACCCCUUACCACCUCGGGCUCUUUUUCUUUGACAUCUGGCUUCCACCCGACUACCCUGCUGUGCCUCCUUCAGUGCACUACCAUUCGGGCGGCCUCAGGGUGAACCCAAACCUGUAUGAGAAUGGCAAGGUGUGCCUGUCGCUGCUCAACACGUGGGGAGGCAAGGGCACGGAGGUGUGGAACCCUGGCUCCUCCAUUCUGCAGGUUCUCGUGUCGAUCCAAGGCCUUGUGCUCGUGCCACGGCCGUAUUUCAACGAGGCAGGGUACGAGAGGCAGAGGGGAAGUGCAGAGGGGGAGAGGAACGCAGAUCUGUACAACGAAAGUGCCUUUCUGCUGUCGGCCAAAACCAUGAUCUACUCUAUUCGCAACCCCCCCAAGCACUUUGAACCUUUGGUGGCACUGCACUUCAAACAGCAUGCUGCUGACAUCCUUGCUCUGUGCGACACAUACGCUCAAGGGACCAAGGUGUGUCCACUUAAGGCUGCAAGCAAGGCAAGCCCAGCUGCUGUCAAAGACACAACAAGUUCAUCUGCUAAGGACACCGCAAGCCGACUCGAUUCUGACAGCACGAGUGGCUCCGAGGGUGUUCAGCAGCAGCAGGAGGGUUCGAUGGGACAGCAGGGAGAGGCUAGGCCUGCUGAUGCGUUGCAUAGCGGUGGUGGAGGUGAUGAUGGGUGUUCGGCUGGAUUCAAGAUAAUGCUGGGGAAGCUGUGUCCGCAGCUGGAAUUAGCCUUGGCACGGGUUUUGAAGGGAAAAUGA